AUGAUGAUGGAUAGAUGUAGGAAAAGGAAGUGGGAUAGCGGUAGUUACAAAUUUGGGGCAUUUGUACUCGACAAUGGGCUCUCUGUUCUGCUGGUUUCUUCUGUUGAGCUUGAACAUGGUGCUGCUUCCCUUGCCAUUGGAUGUGGGAGUUUUGCUGACCCUCUACAUAUCCAAGGUUUAGCUCAUCUCUUCGAGCAUGUGUUGUUUUUAGGCUCACAAGCAUACCCGGGACUGAAUGAGUUUAACGAUUUCGUCCAUCAACAUGGUGGUGAAGUUGCUGCAGAAACCAAAUUAGAUCAUUCAAUCUUCUCCAUGCACGUUUUCUCGGAUCAUUUUGAAGGUGCUUUAAACAUGUUUGUGGAUAUGUUUAUGAAUCCUACCAUGGAUUCUGGCUUUAUUAAAAGAGACCUGAAUACUAUUGAUUCAGAAUUUCUAUUACAUAAGUACAAAGAUUCGGCUUGUCAAGAGCAUCUUUUUUACCACACAGCUUCGAACACCCACCCUUUUAAGAGAUUUACUUGGGGGAACAAGGAGUUUUUGUCCAAAGAAUCUCUCUGUUCUGAGGUCAAAAAGCUGUUCUAUGAUUAUUACAAGGCUUCAAACAUGAAGCUUGUAAUAAUUUCUCCUGAUGAAUUAGGCUACCUUGAAAAUUUGGUUAGGGAGCUUUUUGCGAAUCUCCAAAAUCAUACGGAUCUUAAGGAAGAAAGUCGUAGACCCCCAAUAGUUUCAUCAGAAAGUUUUUGUUCUCUCUUGAAGAGUAAAGGAUGGGUGACAAGGUUUGGAGCAUCAGUCGGUAGUGACACUUCAUUUGUAUGUCAUGAUUCUGAUUCUACCUAUGGUUCAACAUCAGUUGGAGAAGUAUUCGUCGUCCAGGCGGAUCUAACCAACACUGGUUGGGAAAUGAGAUAUGAAGUGGUGACAUGUGUAUUGCAAUAUCUCAAUUUUCUAAGCGGCUAUUAUCCUCAUGAUUCACUCAUUGAUGAGUAUAAUACUUCAUUACUAAUGAAGUAUUAUCGUUUGUUUGAUAAAAUUGGUGAACUAUAUUUCUUUGCUCAAGGGCUUGCAGUUAAUAUGUUGAAGGCACCAACGAAGCAUGCACUUAGUCUGCAUUUUGAGUAUGUUUUUGGCAAAAAACCUGAAAUGGAUGGGAUUCUGAGACUAUUAACGCCACAGAAUAUGAGAGUAGAUUGCUUAUCUAAACCAUUCACAGAAACAGAGUUUCAACAAGAAUCCUAUUUUGGUGCCAAAUACAAAAUUGAGGACAUUCCACUUGAGUACAUCACGAAAUGGCAGAAGAACUCUAUUGAUAUAGAUCUGUCUUUUCCGGCCCUCAAUGAGUUUAUGCCUUCCGAAUUCCUCUCUAAGAUUGAACUUUUUAGAUCAAGUGGACAAAACUCUUCUCAGUUUGAGCUUUGUAUGGAUGAAGAUUUUGGCAAGCUUUUUCAUAGUGAAAAUAGUUCUGCUAUAUGGCCAUUAGCGGAAUUCAACAUUUACACAAAUGUCCCUGAUAUAAAAUCCCAGUGGAGUAGCAAAAUCUUCAUUGAGAUGAUAAAAGAAGAUUUAAGUGCGAUCUUAUACAAUGGUGCAGAGGCGUGUAUUGAUGCUAUUAUAUCCUUUGGAGAUAACAACAUCUUGGAGCUGAGGUUUAAUGGCUUUGGUGAAAAGUUGAAAGAUUUUAUUUCCAAAAUCUGGCAGAGCUUUGGACUUUUUACUCCCACAAAAGAAUGUUUUAAGAUUAUGAAGGAUAAAAUGCAGAGUGAAUUCAUAUCACGAGACCUCAAUGAACAAGCUUUUCAGUUGUUGUCCAAUAAAUUGACAGAGGACAUUACCUUGGAUGAUAAAUUGGACUGGCUGAAAAAGAUAACUUUCGAGGAUGUCCAACACAUCAAUUUCUCCUCUAAGGGAAGAGUCAAGAGAUAUCUUCAAUAUAUUUAA